GAUCUCAACAUAGUCGUUCUCAGACAAAUGGCGUCCUUCCAGUGCGCAGAGUGCAGCAGCUGAUUCUUGCCUCUCUAGAGCUGCAGAUGGCAUCGUAAAGGUAAACGAUAUUUGUCUGACAACGUUGGCAUAUCUCGCUGCGCGGUUUGUGUAUGGGGAAUGUUUUCCUGGCAGCAAUUACCAUAAGACACUGAGUGGUUGAAGGCUACACGUUCUCCUUUCACACUGACAAACGGCAUUGUUUCUGUCCAGCUGAUCCAGUUGCCUCUAUGGACAAAUGUCUCCGCCCCAUGGACAGACCGCCGACUGUAGGUUAGAUGAGAGACAUGGAUACAAUUAGAAUGCCGUCAGUCACCACCCAGACCGACAUUAGGAUAUAGCUUCCAGUAUGCUCCUGCUACUCCAGUACUGCUGACCAGUCAGCCCACUUCUUCGCUAAUCCAAUUCAAGAGAUCAACUAGGACUGCAGUCAGCUCUCAUCUCUCCAGAAGACAUUAUCUCAAGGAUAAUUCGGCGUUAUCAGACAGCCAGCUCCAUGUCGGUGCCAGUCAGAAUGAGCACGGCUCGAUACCGGCCUACCUGGGACCUGGCACUGGACCCGCUGGUCUCCUGCAAACUGUGCCUUGGAGAGUUCCCUCUGGAGCAGAUGACCACCAUCGGACAGUGCCAAUGUGUCUUCUGCACUCUGUGCCUGAAGCAGUAUGUGGAGCUACUAAUCAAAGAGGGCCUCGAAACUGCAAUUAGCUGUCCUGACUCUGCCUGUCCAAAACGAGGACACUUACAGGAAACUGAGAUUGAGUGCAUGGUGGCGUCAGAGAUCAUGCAGAAAUAUAAGAAGCUGCAAUUUGAGAGGGAGGUGCUGUUGGACCCGUGCCGGACCUGGUGCCCAUCCCAGUCAUGCCAGGCCGUGUGCCAGCUGAAGGAGACGGAGGCUCCACUGCCCCAGCUGGUCACCUGUGCGGUCUGCACCCUGGAGUUCUGCUCUGUCUGCAAGGCCAGCUGGCACCCAGACCAGGCCUGCCAGGAGAACCAGCAUAUCACCUCCUUCCUACCAGGAGAGACCAGCUCCCUCUAUAAGAACGAGGAGGACGACGCCCCCAUCAAGCGCUGUCCCAAGUGUAAGGUGUACAUCGAGAGGGAUGAGGGAUGCGCCCAGAUGAUGUGCAAGAACUGUAAACACGCCUUUUGCUGGUACUGUCUGGAGUCUCUCGACGAUGACUUUCUCCUGAUCCACUAUGACAAAGGGCCUUGUCGUAACAAACUGGGCCACUCCAGGGCUUCUGUUAUCUGGCACAGAACACAGGUGGUGGGGAUCUUUGCAGGAUUUGGCCUCCUCCUAUUGGUGGCCUCACCCUUCCUCCUCCUAGCCACACCCUUCGUCCUGUGCUGCAAGUGCAAAUGUAGUAAGGGUGACGACGACCCCCUCCCCACCUAGCCCGCGACCCCAGCCACCGGGGCCGAGCGGCGCCCCAUUGGGCCAUACUUUUUCCUUUUCCCUCCCUGCUUUCUUUUCCGCCCCCCUCCUGCUUCCAGCGCUUCAUUUUGGGGCUGGGCGUGCCGAGUGCCGGCCGGGACGCCAUCCUGAUCCAUCUGGGAGAGGGGUGACCCCUGACCCCCGGACAACACAUGGCCUGCAGUAGAGCUCCGGGGGGUUCAAGGUGUGUGGAGGUCAGACGCGUUGCCAAGGGCAGGAGCAGGAUCCCAAUGCCCUGGCGUAUGUGAUGAUGAUGAUGGGGUGGUGGUGGGGAUGGGAGUGUGUGUAGCAGAGGUCCUGAACAGGCCAGGACAGACAUACACUGGGGAGGAUGUUGUUCAGGAAGCGACUGGGGUGAUGGCAAGCCGAGGAGUGGGAACGAGCGGAUCCCAGAAUCCCUCAUGAAAGGGGACAUUCUCAUGUCGGAGCCACGAUUUGAAAGACUUUUUUCACUUUUGUCUCGGUUCCUCUGUUCUUGAUUUGUGGCACUACUGUGUACUGAAGCUUUCCCCUUCUCCGCUCUCUCUGUGUCGUUCUACAUGUUCCGUUUUUAGCGCGAGAGAUGCACUGCACACGUUUGGUGUUUGUUAUUGUUCGCACAGGAAGCUUCUCUUUCUGUCGGGUGACCGGUGGGCUACACAGGGGCCAAUCUCUCUAUAUAUAUAUAUAUAUACAGCACGUUCUGUUGGUGGUGUCCUUGUCUCUGGGCCUGUUGCGUCAAGUGUGUGUGUGUGUACCUCUGAGUGUUUCCAACACUCUUGACUGACCCAGAAGUAACUGACAGUCAAACUUGUGUUGACAUGGAUGUCCAGAGUCCAUCUCAUUGACAAGAUAGAUUACGCUAAAACGUCACUCAAAAUACUGAGCCAAAAAUUUUGAAUGGCCUUAAGUUGCAAGUAGCCAAAUGAGUCAAUACCCUAGUACCUAGAAGAAGAAAAAACAAUCCACAUUUUGGUUAAAGUUUGACUUGAAAUGAAUGAAAAGCACAUUUUUCAGUACAUCAAAAUCAGCCAUAAUUGUGUGUCGUGUUUUCUUCAUCCAUAUCAUGUUAUUGUAGACUAGAUAACUGUAAGAAACUCCAACUUCCGUGGGAGUCUUAACGUUUUGGUAGAUAGCCCUACAGCAACUGCAACUCAUGCUGAUUGCCAACAUACAAUACAGGCCCUGACAGUGACUGUUCUGUUUUAGAAGUAUUCUAAACUGCACUCUAUCAUUCUGUCUAUGCAAGUUUGUAUAUUUACGACCUCAACCUCUGGUUUUUGUGGUCAUAUCCAGUGGUACUGUAUGUCAUAUUCAAAAGACACAGUUUACCUUGGUAUAAACUGAUCUGUUGGCGAAAGGUUUACUUAUUAGAGGUGUCAAACAUAUCUUGGAUUGGGUUUAAUUUUUCCGGAAACAAUCUUCACACAUCUCCAUAAUUUCAAUAACUCCAGUAUUUCAUCAUGGUUUAGGAUUUGAAAAUCAUCUCCAGCUAUCAUUUCUGUCUAAAAAAGAACAGGCGUGAAGACAGUAGACAUGUUGUUUUGUGUUUGUUACCUUAGAGAGACCAGCCGUCCAUUUCUAUAUUGCCUAGGCUCCUCUCUCAGCUCAUUACUUCAACCUGCCACAAUCUGGAGGGCUUUAAACACCUACACUGCUAUGAGCUCCGAGCUGUCACACUCUGCUCUGCAUGAGAGCUGUCUGGAGCACUGUGCUGGUGGGAGAGGCCUGCAAGUCUUCAUGUAGCAUCAGAGGGGGUUCUUGGACGACUCAACACCCUGGAUGAGAGAAGCGUAGUCCUUAGCCUGUAGCUUCUACCUUCUGGUGCUCUACCAAAACACACAUGACUACUUUUGGCUACAUUAGCCCUUUUCAGUUGACGAAACCUUCCUCUGAAGGUAGGAGAGAGAUGAGGACUGUGUAGGAAACCCCUUAAGUAUAUUUUUCUUUGAAUGACAAUCGUGCCAAGCAGUAGUCGAUGUACAGGCUUUAUGAUACAUGUUUAUAUGUCUUCUUCCAUUUCUAUACAGUUCUAGGAACACAACAGUACGUACAGUAGGUUUUCAUAAUGUUGGCUCUCUUUGUAGCUGCAACUUAUGUGUCACAUGACAUGCCAUUUUCCAAUCAAGCAGCAAGUGCUGAGCCUGGAGGCCUUGUGUGUUCUGGUUUUGGCCACCAGGGGGCCACAUACAGUUUCCACCAUGCCUUUCACAGCUCUUAAUUAAAGCUUGAAUCUUACUGUUGCUCUGUAUCCACACUAGACACGUUUACUAAAUAUAUCUAUAUUUUGUAACUGGUUAUAUUAGGAGAUUGAGUUGCAUGUUAUAUUAUCAGGCUUAAAUCUUUGUUUAAAAAAUAUAUGUUUUGGGCUGGGUAACAUCUCAGAAUUGGUGUUAAGCCAUUUAAGCCUGAAGAUUAAGGUGUAAUGUGUUCUGGUUUUUAAGUUUGCCUUUCUCAUUUCAUAGGCUUGCUUUUUAAAUCGUUCAGUUAUUUUUUUGUUUUACUUAAAUCUUGAGUAAUUCAUUGUUUUUGUAUUUGACUGGAAGGGCAGGAUGUGUUUUGUAAUCCUUGUACAUUGGCAUGUGUGGACAGUGUCACCUAAACACAAACUUCUACUCACCCCUAUGUAACUGUUCCACUAACACUGUGACAAAAGAUAAUAAAUGUGUUUUUUGUGACUGCUAA